CUGCAGGGCGAGGUGGAGCAGAUCUCCAUGAUGAAGCCCAAGGCGGAGGACAAGAACGAUACCGGGCUGCUGGAGUACCUGGAGGAUAUCAUCGGCACGGACAAGUACGUGCAGCCCAUCGAGGAGGCCAGCAAGAAGCUGGAGGAGAUCAAUGAGAAGCGGCAGACCAUGGUGGCCCGGCUCAAGGUCUCCGAGAAGGAGAAGGACGGGCUGCAGGGCAAGGCGGAGGAGGCCCAGCAGUUCCUGGAUAAGCAGGCUGAGAUGCUGCGACUGCGCAUCAACGUGACUCACCUGCUGGCCAUGAAGGUCCAGGCCAACCUGGCCACCGCCGAGGCCAACACUGGCGAGCUGAAGGCCAAGCUGGCGCACGAGCGGGCCAAGUUCAAGGAGCAGGAGAAGGAGCUCACGGCGGCGGAGAAGAAGUACAGGGCAGCGACGAAGGCGCAUGAGCAAGUCGUCAAGUCCAUCGAUGCCGCCACGGAGGCGUUCAAGGAGAUGGAGCGCAAGGACGCUCAGAACACGGAGACGCUCAAGGCGCUGCGCACCAAGCAGAAGAAGCUCACGGACAAGCAGGCAGCGGACAAGAAGCAGCUCGAGACGCUCGAGAAGGAGCGCAAGGAGUGCGAGGCGGCGGGCCCACAGCUGGCAGCGCAGGUGCAGUCCCUCACCGCCGACCUAGCCGCCGCAGAGGCCGCACUAGAGGAGAUGCAGGAGACGGCGCGGGGCGAGGUGGAGGGGCUGAGGCAGCAGCUGGCGGGCGUGCGAAAGGAGCUGGCGCCCUGGGAGAGGAAGAUGGGUGAGGUGCAGGCGCGCAUCUCGGUGAGCGAGCGGGAGAUGGAGCUGCUGCAGCGGCAGGGGAACGAGGCGAAGAAGCGGCUGGAGAAGGCAACAAAGGACCUUGAGGAGGCUCGCUCCGCGGCUGCCGGCAAGGAGCAGCGCAUCAAGGAGCUCGAGGCCUCCCUGGAGCAGCGCAAGCGGGACGCCGAGGGGCACAAGCAGGCGCUGGCGGCCGCCCAGGCGGAGGAGAGGAAGGCGGAGGAGGAGCUGGGGGCGGUGCGGGAGAGGGUGGUGCAGCUGAGGGCUGACCUGCAGGCCAGCCAGGGGCAGUCGGGUGUGAUGCGCGAGCUGAUGGCCGCCAAGUCCCGGGGGGAGCUCAGCGGCAUCUACGGCAGGCUGGGCGACCUGGGCGCCAUCGAUGCCAAGUACGACGCCGCCGCCUCCACCGCCAUCGGCGCGCUGGACAACGUGGUGGUGGAGACCACCAGCGACGCGCAGCGGGCGGUGGAGCACCUGCGGCGCACGGGGGCGGGGUGCGCCACCUUCCUCAUUCUGGAGGCGCAGCAGCAGUGGGCGCAGAGGGUGACGGAGAGGGUGGACACGCCGGAGGGCUGCCCCCGCCUGUUCGACCUGAUUAAGGUGAAGGACCCCAAGCUACGGGUCGCCUUCUACUACGCGUGCCGGGACACGCUGGUGGCAGCGGACCUCAACCAGGCCAGCCGCAUCGGCUACGGAGGCGACAGGCGCUUUGCCCGCGUGGUCACGCUGCAGGGCCAACUCAUCGAGUCCAGCGGCACCAUGUCGGGCGGCGGGCGCCCCCAGACCGGCCGCAUCGCACUGGGCAACCAGGCUCCGCGGGGGGCCGCCACGGACGCUCGUGCCGCGGAGGCCGAGCUGCGGGAGGUUGAGCGGCAGGCGGAGCAGCUGGGGCGGGCGGUGCAGGGGGCGAGGGAGCGGGUGGCGGCGGCGCAGGCGGGGGUGAGGGGCGCGGAGAGGGAGGUGGCGGCGCUGGAGCUGGAGCUGCCCAAGGCCCGCAUGGAGGCGGAGGCCAACACGCAGCGAGCGGCCGACCUGGCUGAGCGCAUGGCGGGGCUGCAGGAGGGAGUGCAGGUUGACGCAGCCGACGCCUCCCGCAUCAAGGAGCUGCACAUCAAGGUGUCCAAGGAGAAGGUGGAGCUGAUGACGCUCAAGGAGCAGUGCAGCGACCUGGACAAGAAGGCGACAUCGCUGCAAAACAAGAUUGACAACGCGGGCGGCGAGAAGCUGCGCUCGCAGAAGACCAAAGUGGAGAAGACGCGCAAGAAGAUCGAGGAGGCGGAGGCUGACAUCAGCAAGAAGGAGGUGCAGGCAAAGGCGCACGCCAAGCAGGCCGACAAGCUGAAGAAGGACAUUGCCAAGCAGGACAAGGACCUGGAGAAGCUGGAGGCGGAGAUGGCUGCAUGCUCCGAGACCACCAAGGAGAUCGAGAAGGAGGCGGAGCAGGUACUCCUGCGCAAACAGGCGGCGGAGGAGAAGGGCAAGGAGACGGGCGCCGAGGUGGAGAGUGCUCGUGGCGCGCACGACCAGCUGCGCCAGACGUUCGAGGUCAUUCGGGCUACGGAGACCAAGAUUGAGGAGGAGCUGGAGCGGCUGGCGGGGCUCAUGCGCGAGGAGGGGGCCAAGAGCGGCUCGCUGGCGACGGAGAGGGCCAAGUUCCGAAAGAAGCUGGCGGAGGCUGUGGGCAGCGACGACUAUGUGGUGGACGAGGCGGCGCUGCGAGGUAACGCCACGGACGCGGACCUGGUCAAGCUGGCCGACGAGUGCACGUUCAAGGCCACCAUGCUAGAGGCGGAGCUGGAUAAGCUGAGCCCCGACCUGACCACCAUCGAGGAGUUCCGGCAGAAGGCGAAGGAGUUUUCGGAGCGCGCUAAGGAGCUGGAUGACGCCACCGCCGAGCGAGACGCGCUGCGCAAGGAGUACGAGGCGCUCCGCAAGGCCCGUCUGGACGGCUUCAUGUCGGGCUUCGAGGUCAUCAGCCUGCGACUCAAGGAGGUGUACCAAAUGAUCACGUGCGGCGGUGACGCGGAGCUGGAGCUGGUGGACUCGCUGGACCCCUUCUCCGAGGGUAUCGUGUUCAGCGUGCGGCCGCCCAAGAAGAGCUGGAAGAACAUCUCCAACCUGUCGGGCGGCGAGAAGACCCUCAGCAGCCUCAGUCUGGUCUUCGCGCUGCACACCUACAAGCCCAACCCGCUCUACGUGAUGGACGAGAUCGACGCGGCGCUGGACUUCAAGAACGUGUCCAUCGUGGGGCACUACAUCAAGGAGCGCACCGCGGGCGCGCAGUUCGUCAUCAUCAGCCUGCGCAACAACAUGUUUGAGCUGGCGGAGCGGCUGGUGGGCAUCUACAAGACCGACAACGCCACCAAGACUGUCGCCAUCAACCCCGGCCGCUUCGCCGUCGUGAAGCAGGACGAGGAGGAGCAGCAGGACCAGGACCAGGAGGAGGAGGAGGGGCAGCAGCAGGAGGAGCAGCGUGCGGUGCCGGUGCGGGUGCAGCCGGUGGCGUGAGGGGGCGGGGUGGUGUCGGUGGUUAGGGUUGGGAUGUGGCGGGUGCUUGAGGAGGGCACUAUGAAUGAAUGCGGGCCUGUGCGUUCUGGCUGGCUCAAAUUGACUGGCCCUGUGCGUAAAGGAGUGUGUGCUGUUGUGUUUGUGGGUGUUUCGCGUCGAGGGGCGGGGCGGAGGGGGUAGAAGUUGGGGUUGAUGCGGUUUGGCUGGCGAGACGGUGGCAGGCGCUUUGAGUGGAUGAUCUGUUCAUGCGGGGUCUGUGCAUGUUACGAACGCACUGCAAGCCGCCCUGUGCGGUUGUGCGUGUGUUCAGAAAACUGGCCGCGAGUCGGAACAUUCUGUGAUUGCCGGAAGAUCAAGUCCCCACAGAAACGCCACAGGAGCUGAGGUGUAUGGUGGCGUAAUUACAAAUACAAAUCGUCCGUGUGUGGGGGGGGGCAACCGGCCUGGGAGUGGCUCAAGUAACACGUAACACGGGAACAUUGAAGUUGCAUGGCUGGGUUAUAG